AUGCCUGUUACCACCAGUCUUGCUACCACCUCUGGUACUGAGGCGUCAGACACGGUGGUGGAGCUAGUUGACACACCCAAGCGCCUAGCCGACGUCUUGAGCUCGUUGCUACCGCUCCCUACCAACCCACCAUCCCUAUAUAUAGACCUUGAGGGAAUCAACCUCAGUCGUAUAGGAACAAUCUCCAUCCUACAAAUCUAUGCUGCACCCCUGGACCAUGUGUACCUCAUUGACGUCCACACACUGGGGUCCGAUGCAUUCACCACAAACUCUUGUGGACCUACAGGCCAGACACUGAAGCAAAUCCUGGAAUCUCAAUCGAUACCCAAAGUCUUUUUCGACGUGCGAAACGACUCUGACGCUCUCUUUGCGCACUUCAACGUUGGCCUCCAAGGCGUGAUAGAUCUCCAGUUGAUGGAGAUCGCCUCGCGUGAUCGCUGGCGGCGAAAAUUCCUUUCUGGCCUGGCAAAGUGCAUCGAGCUCGACGCCGGUCUUGGAUUCGAGGAGCUGUCCCUGUGGAUCAAGAACAAGGGCCAAGGCAAGGCUCUUUUCGCGCCGGAACUCGGUGGGUCCUAUGCCGUCUUCAACAUCAGGCCACUCCCCGACGAGAUUCGGGAUUACUGCUCCCAAGAUGUGCAAUUCCUGCCGAAGCUGUGGGCCAGCUACGAAUCGAGGCUCACAACCACCUGGAAGGACAAAGUGCGAGAAGCCGCCGUCGCGCGCGUUUGCGAGUCGCAGUCCAAGUACUUUAAUGGGAAAGGCCGUCACAUGGCGAUACCUCCAGUUGGAUGGGACCAAGUAGAAUAG